AUGGUCGGAUUCGAACUCUCAUUGGCUUUUCUUCUUCUUUUCCUUGUAUCCAUUGCGGAGGCUAGAGAUGCGCAUAUCAAUGGGACCUUGACUUGUCAAGGGCAUGAUCUCCAUGAUGAGCACAAAGUGGUAAGGAUUUUUUGUUGUUUUAUUCAAUCAAUUUUUCCCCUUUUAGCGUUUGGAGAUUUGGGAUGAAGAUAGGUUCUCCGCCGAUGACAAACUCUCUGAAGUGAUCGCUCAUCCGAACGGCACCUAUGAUCUGUGGGGCAAGGACGCCUACGAAUGGUGGAGUCGGAUUAGCAUCAAGCCAUGCACAAUUUUGUAAGUGAGCAAGACAUUUUUACAGGGGAUGCUGUGUUGACGGAAAAGUUUGGUUUUUGUUUUGAAUAUGAGGCUAGGGAACCACUGAUGGUAGAACAUUGUAGAAACAUGAUUUUUUCCAAUACAUUUUCAGAUACCACAAAUGCGGCGGUGCUUGUCGCGUAAUCUAUUUUCAAGGCCAAGUUUACAACCCUGGGAACUAUGAACUCUUCAAAAACGGACUGCCGUCGAAGCUAUGUGAGAAGGCAAGAUACGACGACCCAGAAGUCUAA